AUGAAUUUUGAAGAAGCAGAAGAUAUCAAUGGUGUUAGAUUUGCAUGGAAUGCAUUUCCAUCAACAAAAACAGAAGCAGCUAAAAUUGUUGUCCCCACAGGUGCAUUAUAUACACCAUUAAAACAAAGAGAAGAUUUACCGUUAGCGGCAUAUGAUCCAGUAUAUUGUUCAAAUCAAAGUUGUAAAUCUAUAUUAAAUCCAUAUUGUGCAGUUGAUCCUAAUGGGUUUUGGAGAUGUCCUUUAUGUCAAGGUAGAAAUUCAUUACCUGCUCAUUAUCAUGGUAUAAGUGGUGAUAAUUUACCUUUGGAAUUACAAAAUACAUCAUCUACUAUUGAAUAUGUUACGGCUAGACCUGUACAAAAUCCACCAAUUUUUUUAUUUGUUGUUGAUUUAUGUCAAGAUGAAGAAAAUUUAAAAGCUCUUAUUGAAUCAAUUAUAGUUAGUUUUAAUUAUAUUCCACCAAAUGCAUUAAUUGGAUUAAUUACUUUUGGAACAAUGGUACAAGUUCAUGAUUUGGGUUCUGAAAAAAUCAAUAAAAGUUUUAUAUUUAGAGGUGAUAAAAUUUAUGAAAGUAAACAAAUUGAACAAAUGAUGGGAUCAAAAAUUUUUCAAAAUCAACAAAUUACAAAUAGUUUAGCUAGAUUUUUUUUACCUUUAGAAGAUGUUGAAUUUCAAUUAACUUCAAUUUUGGAAAAUAUAAAUAAAGAUCCUUGGUCAGUUGCUCAUGGAUCAAGAGCUUUAAGAUCUACUGGAUCUGCAUUAAAUGUUGCUGUUAAUUUAUUAGGUUUAACUUUCCCUGGAUUUGGAGCUAGAAUUAUGUUAUUUUCAGCAGGACCAUGUACUUUAAAUCCAGGAAUGAUUGUUGGGAAUCAAUUAAAAGAAGCAAUUAGAUCACAUUCAGAUAUUGAUAAAGAUAAUGCAAAACAUUUUAAAAAAUCAACUAAAUUUUAUGAAGAAAUAGCAGCAAAGGCAGUUAAAAAUGGUCAUACUGUUGAUAUUUUCACUGGUUGUUUAGAUCAAUUGGGACUUUUAGAAAUGAGAGAUUUAACUCAUAAAACAGCUGGUAAUUUAGUAUUAGCUGAUGCUUUUAAUACUUCAAUUUUUAAACAAACUUUUUUAAGAAUGUUUGCACAAGAUGAAGAAGGUUUUUUACAAAUGGGUUUCAAUGGUUCAUUAGAAAUUAGAACUUCAAAAGAAUUAAAAGUUAGUGGUGUUAUUGGUCAUGCUGAUUCUUUAGGAGUUAAAACUAAUAAUGUAUCAGAUCAAGAAUUAGGUAUUGGUGGUUCUUCUCAUUAUAGAUUAUGUUCAUUAACUCCAAGAAAUACUUAUGGUGUAUUUUUUGAUGUUGUAAAUACUCAACAAUUACCACCAACUGCACAAAGUUAUAUACAAUUUAUAACUCAUUAUCAACAUUCAAGUGGGUCCUAUAGGAUAAGAGUAACAACAGUAUCUAAUUAUCUAACAAGUGAUGAACAAUCAUUAACCAACUCAUUUGAUCAAGAAGCAGCCGCUGUCUUAAUGGCAAGAAUCACCCUUUUCAAAGCAGAACAAGAUGAUGGAGCAGAUGUUUUAAGAUGGGUUGAUAGAAUGUUAAUUAGAUUAUGUCAAAAAUUUGCAGAUUAUAGAAAAGAAAGUGUUGAAUCAUUUAGAUUAGGUCCUCAAUUCCAAUUAUAUCCUCAAUUUAUUUAUUAUUUAAGAAGAUCACAAUUUUUACAAGUUUUUAAUAAUUCACCAGAUGAAACUGCAUUUUAUAGACAUGUAUUAUUAACUGAAGAUUGUAAUAAUUCAUUAAUUAUGAUUCAACCAACAUUAACUUCAUUCACAUUAGAUUCAGAACCAGAAGCAGUAUUAUUAGAUUCAGUAUCUAUAAAAGAUGAUAGAAUUUUAUUAUUGGAUACUUUUUUCCAUAUUUUAAUUUUCCAUGGUAAAACAAUUGCACAAUGGAGAAGACAAGGUUUCCAAGAUCAAGAAGAAUAUUCAAAUUUAAGAGAAUUAUUAGCUGAACCAAGACAAGAAGCUGCUGAAUUAUUAUCAGAACGUUUUCCAUUACCAAGAUUUAUUGAUACUGAAGAAGGUGGAUCACAAGCGAGAUUUUUAAUGGCAAAAUUAAAUCCAAGUACUACUUAUUCAAAUGAUACUAUUGGAAUUGGUGGUGGUGCUGGUGGUGCUAUUGUAUUAACUGAUGAUGUAAGUUUACAAGUAUUUAUGAGUCAUUUACAAAAAUUAGUUGUUAGUGGAUCAAAUUAA